AUGACACGUGGAAGAUAUCAACAUCUUUCACCGCCAUCGAAAGUGGCUAAAGUAAAUCGUCUUCGCUUCUUUGGUCAUAUAUUAAGGAGACCGGCAGAUCGCCUUGUUCAACGAGUUCUGAAGAGUUUGCCGGAUUCGAGCUGGAAGAAGCCACCUGGCCGAAAACGGACGUUCUGGACUGACGUGGUGAAAGAAGACCUGAGGACACUGGGCGUGGAUAGGCAGUUGAGGCGAGACGUAAGGUUUCGCAGAAUAUGGAAUAGUGACGAAUGGAUUGAUUCUGUGCAAGCCCUCGCAGAAGAUCGAGAAGGUUGGGCAGAGCUGUGUUCAAAGACACACCUCGGCGAAGAUGCGGGUAAUCGCGUCAGGCAAUGA